AUGCGGUGUUCUGUGUUGACCUCGACGUGCACGCUGUCUCAGAUUCUUCUGCUUUGGUUUGCUUCGGACCAAAGCAUGGCAUUUCAAGUGUUUGACGACGCCUCUAUCUUCGCUAGGAGCAGACACACAAGAUUAUCGUUAAGUUCGUCAAGCUUUGAGAAAGAAGAUAAAAAUGACGAUGCAAUUCACUAUCAGAAAGGUCAAAAUAGAAGAAGCCACUUGCAGUCUGGAGCUGACACAGAUUUCAUGCCACGGCACAUAGGCACCGUUUCAGACCAUCACACCUACAGCAAAUAUGUGCACAAUGAUUGGGGCAUUGAGCAGUACCACCACCCAACCCCCGAGUUUCCAAGCACAGUUGAUGCCGUUGCUGAUGCAGCCUUUCAUGCCAUUUCUGGCACGCUGCAAGGAAAGGAAAAGUUGGACCCCAGUAUUGCCAGCAACGCCAUGGCGAGAAACCGAGUAUUCGACUACCGACCUGUCAAAACUGAUAAUGAUGUUGGCAGACUGGGUAUCGAAAUUGAUGGCGUCAAUUUACUGCAAACAGAUUCCAGCAUUGGCCACCAUGAGCAUCGUUACCAAACCAGCAACCCAAGCUUUGAUCAGAGCAGCGCAGAUACCCUGAGGAAGCUGAUUUUGGUGCUUGCCGGAAAGUUGGCAAACAACAUGGGCCACCAAGAUAGCUCAGGUUCCCUCCCGGUUGCCAUAUAUUUCAACACCGUCAAGCAAGCCCUUGCUGCAAGCCAACAACUUCAACUAUUGAAGCAUGAAGCUAUGGAAUCACGCGAAUAUGAUACCGCUCAUCAACACAUCACUACACCUGCAUUCGAGAAUAUUACAAUACUGUGCCUUGGACAGGACGAUGAUAUUCCUUCAAACAUGAUGAGAGCAAGCAAAAAACCGCUGAAGUCUAAGGCAAUUGGUUUGAAGCGAGGAGCACGAAAGAAACGUCCCAAUGUCGCAGAUAUCCGAGGGUUCGUGAUUGCUCUACAGCCGACGGAUCUAAACCGUGAUGUGAUGCCACCAGGCCCGUCUGUAGGAGCGAUUUCAUCCUUUCAGGGACUCGUGGCCAGAGCGGCGUUAGAGGAAUUGCCAGUCAUUAUGGUUUCUCCUCGUUUCCUAGCAAACGAGAUGCCAUACAUGGCUGGAUCCGGUCGAGGCUGGGACCAAAGCGUGGGAAGUUCUCAGGCAGCUACAUACGGUGGCGCGGAGCCCCCCAAUGGUCCCACACCGUGGGUUCUACGCGAUUUCAAUCCUCCCGUGUUUUGUUGGAUUGGCAACGCUGUGUAUUUGAAUUCCGAAGGACGUCGGAGGAGGGCAAUCGCGAAGUCCGGUCACGGGUCAACCACAUCUGAAUACUCUCAAAUCGUUUUGACUCAAACGGUCAUGGACGGGGGCCACCCCUGGCAUGUCUUUGCAGCCCGACGAGAAGUGGAUGGGUCCGUUGCGACGAGAGGGAAAGAAACCAUUGUCUACGACUAUUUGGCCAGCACGAAGACUUCGUCCGGUCGACCUACACGGAGCAUUCUCCAGCACAUUCUCUCUGAAUUUGGAACCGCCUCUUGA